UCUUUGUCCACUAAGGCCAGAAUGUCAGGACUCCAAGCUCUCGUCGGGAGCGGUGCAGAGUGUUCCGGCGGAAACUCUAUCUCACAGUUUGUAAAGCAAUUGGAUAGAAACCACGCGGUAGAGCAGGACGUUUUCCGACCAGAAGAGACUCAUGAGCAGUUCCAUCCGAGGUUAGCGAGGGGAAGAGUAGAAUUUGAUGAAAAAGAGUUUGUGGACGAGUUCCUGAACGGGGGAGGAAGGGAGCACGUUCAUGAUCAAAGAUUAUUCGGAGUUGUCCCAAAUCUGGAGAGUGAACUGGGGAGAAUCGGCCCUACGGAUUGGGCUGCCGAUUUUGAAAGCUUUCAACAUAUCCAUGGCGGUGGAGGCGAUGCUGGCUUUGAAGCUGCUUUCAACCGUGCUUUGCAGCACGCUCCAGAAUCAGGGUGGGCCAACGAAUUCGUCCAAGGUGCGCCUCUGGCCGAAAAUGAGGUGUUUGAACGAGCAUUUUCACAACAACACCAUGCCGCGCUGGAAGAUGCCUUUUCGCGAGAAUUUGCAGCUGUUCACGAUACACUUAUAAAGGGGAAAGGAAAAGCACCUGCAUUGGGAAAUGAUGAGAUCGCCUGGGAAGAAGAGUUUGCAAAGCGGUUCAAUCAGGAUCCUGACAUGGAUAAGCUUGGAAAGUUGUUUCAACAGUAUGAUCUGGGGACCGACGCGGUCAAGGACUGGGAAUCAGAGUACGAAGAUUUCCAAAUUUCAAAUGCAAGUGACGCUUGGGGACAGGAUGAGGUUACUGACCCAGAUCCAGUCACCGCUCCAUGCGCUCCGUACGUUUUUGAGUCGAACAAUCCCUAUCUCAGUCAUGCGGAUCCCAUGGCGGAGGGACAGCGGAUUCUGGAUGCAGGAGGUAGUCUGUCGGCGGCUGCUUUGGCCUUUGAGGCGGCCGUCCAGCGUGACCCAGACAAUUCGGAGGGGUGGGCGCUUUUGGGUAUUACACAAGCAGAGAACGAGAAGGAGGGGCCUGCAAUUGCUGCAUUGCAGAGAAGUGUGCAAACAGAUCCAACAAAUCUGAAAGCUUUAAUGGCUCUUGCGGUGAGCUACACCAACGAAGGUCAGGAAAUAGAAGCAUACGCGACACUCGAACGUUGGCUUAAAACCCAGUAUCCAAGCAUCGCGUCGAUGCAACCUGCUACGUCCUACACCGACAAGGAAAUCCUUCACACACAUGUUACCAACCUCUUCCUGGAAGCCGCCCGACAAGGUCCGUCAGCCUCUCAAACCCCUACCACAGCCGAAAUCGACCCCGACAUCCAAAUUGGACUCGGUGUCCUCUUUUACAACUCCUCCGACUUUACCAAGGCUAUAGACUGCUUCACAUCGGCACUUUCUCUGCGUCCCAACGACUAUCUACUCUGGAAUCGCUUGGGCGCAACAUUGGCAAACUCGGGACGGUCGGAAGAAGCUAUCGAUGCCUAUUACAAGGCGUUGGAAUUGAAACCGAGGUUUGUCCGAGGGCGGUAUAACCUAGGUGUCAGUUGCAUCAACGUUGGGUGUUACAAGGAGGCUGUGGAGCAUCUGUUGGGUGCAUUAUCGAUGCAUGUCGUUGGAGACCAGGGAGGUGGAGAGAAUGUUUCGGGAAAUUUAUGGGAAACUUUGCGACGAGCAUUUAUACUGAUGGACCGACGUGAUCUGGCGGAGAAAGCACACACGGGUCAGGAUGUAUCUUUAUUUAAAGAUGAGUUUGAAUUUUAGGACGACCACCCGACGUGUUGGACAGGUCUAUUAGUUAUUCAAUCUGCAUAAAUCUCAAUUUGAAGUAAUAAGAAAAGUCGGAUAACCCUGGUUAUAGAUGCCGGAAAGGAACACUUUUUAUUCUUAAGUUGAUAGCAAGGAAACCAUGUCAAAAUUGUCACGAUAAUGAUGGGCGA